AAGAGGGCGCGAUAUUCUCUUCUCGCGAGACUUGUAAGCAGCCAUCUUCCUCCUGCCCCUGACAGUCUCUGCUUGGGGUCACAGGGACACGAAACCUGGUGCGGGGACUUUUGGUGACCAUGCUCUCCCGGGUGGUACUUUCUGCCGCCGCCAAAGCAGCCCCCUGUCUCAAGAAUGCAGCAGUCCUAGGACCAGGGGUAUUGCAGGCAACAAGGAUCUUUCAUACUGGGCAGCCACGUCUUGCUCCUCUACCACCUCUUCCUGAAUAUGGAGGAAAAGUUCGUCUUGGGCUGAUCCCUGAGGAAUUCUUCCAGUUUCUUUAUCCUAAAACUGGUGUAACAGGACCCUACAUGCUUGGAACUGGGCUUAUCUUGUAUUUUCUAUCCAAAGAAAUAUAUGUGAUUACCCCAGAGACCUUCUCUACCAUAUCAAUAGUGGGGUUACUCGUCUAUGUAAUUAAAAAAUAUGGUGCCUCUAUUGGGGAAUUUAUUGAUAAUCUCAAUGAGCAAAAAAUUGCCCAACUAGAAGAGGUGAAGCAGGCUUCCAUCAAACAAAUCCAGGAUGCAAUUGAGUUGGAGAAGUCACAACAGGCACUGGUUCAGAAGCGCCACUAUCUUUUUGAUGUCCAGAGGAAUAACAUUGCUAUGGCCUUGGAGGUUACUUACCGGGAACGGCUACAUAAAGUAUACAAGGAGGUAAAGAAUCGCCUGGAUUAUCAUAUCUCUGUGCAAAAUAUGAUGCAUCGAAAGGAACAGGAGCACAUGAUAAACUGGGUGGAGAAGCACGUGGUACAGAGCAUCUCUGCACAGCAGGAAAAGGAGACAAUUGCCAAGUGCAUUUCAGAUCUCCAGCUGCUGGCAAAGAAGGCUCAAGCACAGCCAGUAAUGUAAAUGUAUCUGUCCCAGUUGAGACAGCUACACACAAUUGACUGAAUAAAUGAAAACUAGUCUACAUGACAAAAUUUUUCUCUAUUGUUGUCUACUGAGAUUACAGUUUACCUUUCCAAAAAAGAAAAGUUCUUUUAAUAAGAAAGCUAAAUCUGUUGGCCAGUCAGAUAGUUCUCAUCAUUACCCUGCAUUUUGAGUUGUUCUUUGAUCACUUUUGAAAAAGCAAUAUGCUUUUAUUAAAACAUUGCCUGGUGAACAAUUACCAAGUAACAAUUUGAAUUUAUAAUUAAUCCCAUCAUCUUAUAAUAAAGUGAUGAUUAAAACAAGA